GGCCGUGGAUGGUACGCCGGCAGAGCACCCCGUUGUGGCAACCGGGCGCCGAACGAUGGAGAAAUUAGAGAUGACCGAUACGACCUCCCUCCCUCCAACUUAGAUAUUAUUCCAUCUUGGAAGCAUUAUAGGACGCGUAUUCAUUACCGAAGAUAGCCUUAGGUUGAUAGUCUAGCAGCAUAAAAAGGAUUAAAUGAUGGGAUAUUCGCUCGAUAACGACAGCGUACAUCCCGCCGUCUCUCACCGACGUAGAGAUGAAGGGCCAAUUCAUCAAGCUUGCUUUAUCGGCUGGCACGCUGGCUGCCUUAGCCGGUAGCGCACUGGCUGCUACGAAUGGCGAGUUCAACGUCCUAAGUAUGAAUGUCGCGGGGCUACCGGAAUUCCUCAACGGCAAUGAAGUACCCGGAGACAAGACUACCAACUCAGGGUUGAUAGGCACGAAGUUCGCGCAGUACGAUUAUGAUAUAAUUCACGUACAGGAGGAUUUCAACUACCACGCUUAUAUCUACGAUACUGAUACACAUCCGUAUCGUACUGCGACUUCGGGUGGUGUCCCUUUUGGGUCGGGCCUUAAUACUAUAUCCAACUUCGACUGGAUUGACUUCCAGCGUGUCAAAUGGGAUACCUGUUCCGAUGCUUCGGAGUCGGACUGCUUGACUCCAAAGGGUUACACAUUCAUGCGUGUAGCUAUUGAUGAUGGCGUUUAUAUAGAUUUCUACAAUUUACACGCGGACGCUGGCACCGAGGAUGAAGACGAAACGGCACGAGCUGCCAACUUGCAGCAAGUGGCCGAUGCCAUCGAUACUAUAAGCAUUGGUAACGCCGUUUUAGUUUAUGGAGAUACUAAUUCGCGGUAUACGCGACCUGCCGAUGGAAUUACUGUCUUUUCUGACCAGAACGGCCUUACGGAUACUUGGGUGGAGCUCGAGCGUGGCGGUACUAUCCCAGAUACAGAGACGCUUUGUGACAAUCCUAGUACUACUAAUACUUGCGAAACUGUCGACAAGAUCUUUUACCGCGGUAGCCCACUCCUCGACUUGACCGCUACAUAUUGGAAUUACGAGAGUAGCAAAUUCUUGCAGUCUAAUGGUAGCAUCCUCUCAGAUCAUAACCCAAUUACUGUUAAUUUCACGUGGUCGGCUGGAUCCUCCCUUCGCCAAUCUGGGUUCUGGGGCGGUCCACACGGCACCUGGUUCAGCGACGUCACAACACUAGCCUCAAAAACGUCACCGAAGGUAAGUACACUCAAUUUUCGAGGUGCGGACCGCUUAGACAGUGUCGGGUUGACGCUCUCGGACGGCACGACGUUUACGCACGGAGGCGAUGGUGGUGAUGCUGUAACCCUAUCGCUGAAUUCGGACGAAUAUUGGACCAGCGCGCAACUUUGCCAAGGCCAGAAGAACGAUCAGACUCGCAACUUCUACAUUCUGGCUACGACAAGCGCUGGAAGAACUCUUGCGGCUGGUACUUCGACUUCGGAUUGCGCAACGUUUACGGCACCGGACGGUUGGGCGAUCGUUGGGUUUUUAGGCCAAGAUGGCGAUGAAGUGGACCAGUUGGCAUUUGUAUAUGCGCCGCAGUAGAUAGAAACUUUGGUACCAACAUAGGCGACAAAUACCAAGUUGCACUCUUUCUCAAA